CGCCUGUGUGACUUGUUUCUGAAUUAGGCUAAAUAUACUAUCUCUGCUUUAACUCUUUUAGGUUAAAAUCCCAAAAAUAUUAUGUGGAUUUUUUCUCCGAGAAAUUAUUCAACGUCGAUGCCUGCCCAAGAAGCUGAACCCUGUGGGUUGAUCAAUGAAGGAAUGACCUGCUACCUGAAUGCAGUUCUGCAGACGCUCUACAUGACAGACCAAUUCAGGGAUUCUGUUCUGAGAUUAGGGGAUAAACACACCCCUAAAACUCAAGAAAAAAACCUCCCAAAGGCUCUGGCUGAUGUAUUCAAACGUCUGCAGCACAAACAAUCAGCAGUUUCAGGAAUAGAGGUCAUCAAGGCUCUAAACAUCACAAACGUUCAUGAGCAGCAGGACGCAGCAGAAUAUCUGCAGAUGAUAUUACACAGACUACCUGAGCAAUCAGAGACUUUCAAAGGGUUUGUUAAGACAUCUACAGAGUGUUCUGCCUGCAGGAAAGCAUAUGAGUCUGAAACAGAUUUUUUGUCAAUUCCCCUGUCUAUCAAUACUGCAGGACAAUGUGAUGUGAUGGAUGCUCUUGAAGAGUAUUUGGGAGUUAAUGUAUUGAGUGGAGAGGAUCAGCUUUACUGUGUUGAGUGUAAAUCAAAGAAAGACAUGCAAAUGAGAAAUUACAUUAUAAAGUGGCCAGAUAUUCUGACUCUGCAGCUCAAGAGGUUUGACAUGAGAUCUACCAGAAGCGGAAUUCAAUACCUAAAAAUUGAUUGCAAAGUGAAGAUUCCUACACGUAUUCCGUAUGGUUCAGUGAAUUAUGAGCUGUACGCCAUCAUUAAUCACUAUGGUACAUCCAGGAGUGGCCAUUAUUAUGCUGUCAUUAAAGAUCAGAGGGGAAACUGGUACAGAUUUGAUGAUCGAUAUGUUACAAAGGUUUUUCCAAAUUACCACCAUCAGAGGAUCAGUGACAUGUGUGACAGCUCGGCUUAUUUACUGAUGUACCGAAACGAAGAGGCUAGUUCAACACAAGCUGAAGCAGCAGAGGGGGCAACUAGCAAACCACAGGCAGACACUAACCAUGACAGAAGAUCUGAUGCUACAAAUAAUACAUCUUCUCCUGAAAUGUUACGUAAGGCAGGACAGAAGGGCACUACAUGUAAAAGCAUGAAAACAAAUACAUCGAAGAAUCCAGAUAAUGCCAGCAAUAAGCCCAAGCGGCGGUCAGUGGCCACACAGAAUCCAUCCCCAGAGCCCGUGUCCUCAUCACAGAUGUUCAAACGAAGACUGAAGGAAGAGUUUCAGUAUCUGAAUGAAGAAAACUCACCUGCAGAAAGAAAACUACUGAAUGAUGUGUACACCGAGAGUCAGAUCACAGAGGAAUCCUGGCCCCUUAUCAGUAAUAAAAGAGAGAUCAGAAGCAGAAAUAUGUUCAGUAUCGGGACGGUUCUGAUGAAGGGUGAUGCCGGCAUUGGAAAAAGCAUGGCUGUGCAGAAGUUCAUCCUGGACUGGGCUGAGGAGAAAUCACACCAUGAUAUUAAAUAUAUAUUCCCAGUAUCUUUUCAAAAGCUGAACAUGCUCAAUGUGCUGAUGAAGCAGUGCAGCGUCAUGGAUCUUCUGCAGCAAUGCUUUAAACACAUUGAAGACUUUAAUCCUGAGUCUGACAACAUCAUGCUGAUCUUUGAUGGCCUCAGUGAGUUUAAAUGUGCUCUAGAUUUCAGUAGCACAAAGAAGAUCACAGAUAUAGAUGAGCCAGCCUCAGUGUCUGCUCUACUGACAAACCUCAUCAUGGGAAAUCUGCUUCCGCACGCUCAGAUCUGGAUCACCAGCAGACCAGCAGCAGCCCAGCAGAUUCCUGCCCAAUUCAUUGACAGAGUAACAGAGAUCCACGGCUUUAAUGAUGAACAGAAGGGGGAAUAUUUCAGAAAGAACAUUGAUCAGAAGAUGGGUGAUACAGUAGUCAGACACAUCAAAUCAUCAAGACGCAUCAACAGCAUGUGUUAUUCACCAGAUUACUGCAGAAUCAUUGCAGCUAUUCCAGAGAGAUUGAUCACCACAGAUCCUGAUGAUUUCCCCAAAACCCUGACGCAGAUGUACAGCAGACUCCUGUUAGCUCAGACUGAGGGAAUUCAGAAGAGAAGGGAGACCAUCAUAGCUGUGGGGAAUCUAGCGCUUGAUUUACUGGUGGACGGCAGAGCUGUCUUCACUGAUAAAGAUCUGAAGAAAUAUGACAGAGAUGAAAGUGGUCUGACACGAUCAUCAAUCAUAAAGAAGAUUGAAGACAGAGGCAAUCAUAGAUAUUUCUGUUUUGUGAAUCACAGAACACAGGAGUUUCUGGCUGCUCUGUAUGUGACUGAGCUCAUCAAUGGGGGAAAAUUACUCAAGCUUAACGAUCAGUCCAGUCUGAAACUGGAAUUCAGAAAGGAGAGCUUUACAGACUACAGCUCACUCCAGAAGGUGAUGGAAAUGUCUUUAGUAAAGCAGAUGAAUCUGUUCUUCUGCUUUUUACUGGGUUUGACGCUGGAGUCCAGUCAGAAAGUGUUUGGAGAUAGGAGAAGCAGCUCUUCAUUUAGCCAAAACUCAGCUCAACUUAUCGAGACCAUGAUCAUGAAGUCUUUAGACAGUGCAGACAGAUGCUGUCUCCUGUUUGAUGCUCUGAAAGAGCUGGAUGAACCUGAUUUAAUCCAGAAAAUAAAAACACAGCUGAAAUCUGCAGAUUCUCCUGCUGGUGUUGAGUUGCUGAAGUCAAAAGAGAGACUGAAUGUGCCUAAAUCUCAACAACCAGAAGAAUGUCCAGUGAAGCUUCAACAAGGGGAAAAGACAUCUAGAGAACACAACAGUGGUGAUGCAGGUGCUUGUGCUGGUCCAAGAUCAAACCCGUCUCAUCAGAGAGAGCUGGACUUGAGUGGGACAAACAUCACAGAUUCAGAAGUGAAGCAGCUUUUAGCUCAACUAGUAGAUCCUCACUGUAAACUGGAAAUACUGAGGUUGAGCUCUUGUCAUAUUAGUGAAUGGGGUCUUGCUGUUCUGAGCUCUGCUCUAUUAUUAAGCCUGUCUCAUCUGAGAGAGCUGGACCUCAGUGGAAAUGAGAUUAAAGACUCAGCCUUGAUGCUGCUUUCAGGUUUAAUGGCGGAUCCUCAGUGUAAACUGGAGAUACUGAGGUUGAGCUCUUGUCAUAUUGAUAACAGUGGUUGUGCUAAUCUGAGUUCAGCUCUGAGAUCAAACCCUUCUCAUCUCAAAGAGCUGGAUCUUAGUGACAAUUACCUUGGAUAUUCAGCAGUGGAUAUGCUUUUAAACCUACUUGCAGAUACUCGGUGUAAACUGGAGAAACUGGGGUUAAGAUCUUGUCUUAUUAAUGACAGUGAUUGUGCUGGUCUGAUAUCUGCUCUGAUAUCAAACCCGUCUCAUCUGAGAGAGCUGGACCUCAGUGGGAAUGAGAUCUCAGAUUCAGUAGUGAAGCAGCUUUUAGAUCUACUGAAGGAUCCUCAAUGGAAACUGGAGAAACUGAAGGUGGUGUUGGAGGAUAAGAGACAUGCUGACCAGACAUCACCCCAGAUUACAUAUCUGCAGAAUCAUUUUCAAAAACUCGAAAUAAAAAAUUAAAUGGGUACACAGUUACAGGCCUAUAAUAGAGCAGUAAUUCCUUUCUGCCUUCUUUCAGUACUCAGUUUCAUUUUUCAUAUUCAGAUAUUCAAUAGCCCUGUCAAAGACAAAACACUUUUUGCAGUGUUAUAUGGUACUUGGUUAUGUUGCAAAUCUCUAAAUGUAGACAUUUUUCUAUGGCCUAUAAAAGCGCUUAUAAUUAAUGCUUAAAACAGACAGUGCUGUUCUUUUAUUCUGUUCUUGCAUUCUUUGGAUGAAUUGUAUACUAACAGAUGUUGCACUGAUGGUCUGCUUGGAGUAUGUAGAUCAAUGUAAAUAAACUCUGUCAAGAUAAAGUAACUUCACACAGCUCACGUAAAACUUAUUUUCAUCAGACAUAUUUACCACAAAUGUUUUCCAACCACAGUUUUCUAGGAAUGCUUAUAUAAAAUAACAUAAAAAACUAUUGAUUUAUACAAUACUUAUAUAAAUGUAAAGAGUGAUAGUAGAGUUUUAGUGUAAUUGAAAAGGUCUAUUUGUGAAAUUAGGUAAAAUGAGGCACACAUUUUUUUAAUUGUAGAGCAGAUCAGUCCAAAGAAAAUGUUUUGACAUUUCAAAACAAAUGUUCCACCCCCCCACAGUGUCGUUGAACAUUAAGCUCAUCUUAAUUGUAUCUGAAUUUAUACUGUAAAUAUUGCCAAAUAUAUCUAAACUGUCUGGUCUGCAUUUGAUAAACUUGACAUAAUGUAUUAUUUAAGCUGUGUUCUGUCAAAACAUUUCUUCCAAAAGAUUAAAAGAUUACACCCCUCACA